AUGCCACCACCGUCCGGGGAGAUGGCCCGACUGAUGAAGCGGGAGGCCGACACAUUGCCGAAAGGCCGGGACCAGGCCGAGCCAGAAAAUGACGAAACGAGUUUGGAAAGAUUCCUCGAUGAUUUUGAUUUACAACACGGCGGGGAUGUCGCUGGCGGCAUUGAUAGAACCGACAAUCCCCGAAAUCCUGAAGAUGGACCUCCAACAAGAGGUCCCAACGACCACCGGUUUCCCAACGGCCCUGGGUGGCCCCCAGAUUCCGACACCGUCCCGUAUCCAUAUGCUACCCCCUCUAGGCCCUUCAACUCAAUAGCCCCAAUUCCCUCGCCAACUCCACUUCCCUCGUCGAAUGUCUGUACGAUUCCAGGUGGUAUAACUACAAUCUGCAUUACCGGCGAGGAUGGCUCGACCAUAAACACAACAAUUAUUAGUCCCACGGACAAGUCUCCAGACCUCAUAUCGGAAUCUAGUAACGGUAUAUCGUACACAACAAUAACUGCCGACAACACUGGAACGGUAACAGAUACUGCCACCAUCGUCGUAUCUGGUCAAGCCACUAGGGUCAUAUUUCCACAACAUGACAAGACCGGCCCCCCGCCCCCGCCGAGCCCUCCGCGAGACAACCGGAGAAUGAAAGAUAUACUGUUGGGAGUCUUUCUCGGAGCGGGAUUGGUUUUAUUGUUUGUUGCCUGCUUGUUUGGGUACCGGGCCUACAAACGAAAAAAACGAAAUCGAGGGCUUGGUAAUGACGAUACCCCCACAGAUUCUGAGCAACCGCAGCAGACUGCUCCUGAGAUGCAGGUGACAGGUGUUGCCGUCACUAUGCCUUCAAUGGCAGAUGCACCGACUAUUCUUCCCCCGCCACCGCCCUUCAUGGCCGAACAUGAAUCCGCAGGACCGUCGGAGGGUCCACAAAUUAUCUUACCAAUUGGUCACAUACCACCGUCACCAAUCAUUAUCAAUCCAUUUUCCGACCCCACAUACAACUCUUCAUCUGGGAUCGAGGAUUAUGUAGCAUCCAACGGUAUCCCACUAGGGAGAGAGCCAGAAAACCCAUUCCUCCACCCGGACGAUCGAUCCUUGAAUAUGCUUGAGCGUCGACGGCCAAACUCUGCGGGGGACUUCCCGCCCGAGUAUACUACCGUGGACGGUGAUCCGACCGACUCCUCGGGUCACAGAGCUCGCGAGGAACGGUUUCCAUUUGGAGAUGAGGCACUGAGCUUACGGGCGGAGAGUGAUGCUGGAUCUAUCCAUACCAGGGCGGUCACAGAAACUAUUCCUGGCUAUCAAUACGACGAUCCGAACGGCGUGGCUGACGGGUUUCGAUAUAACCCUUCCGCUUCAAGAUAG